AUGACGACGCCGGCGUCGGCGUCGGCGUCGACGCCGGCGUCGACGCCGAAACCGAAGAGCGCGAUGGAGGUGAAACUCUCCGACGCGCUGAGCGCGGCGCGCGCGAAGGCGAAGGAAAUCGAAGACGAACUCGCGGACAGCCCGCUUCGCUCGCCCUUCAAGCAGCGCAUGAAGGCUGGCGUGCGGGAACAUCCCAUUCGAAGACUUCAAGGCGCGGCCGUUCGAUUGUACAAGCGCACGAAGCACAACGUGAUCAAGCGCGUGGAGCGCGCGACGGAGAAGAAUCCCACCGCCGUCGGCGGCGGCGUCCUCGGUUUCGCCGUCUUGGUUCUCGCCUCGCGUCGCGGUCGCGGUCCGUGA